AUGACCGAUAGAAUCCACCUUGGGCUCACUGCCGACAUGCACGUUCAUCUUCGUUCAGGAAACAUGAUGAAGCUUAUAGCACCUACUGUUCGCGAAGGAGGGGUUUCAAUUGCGUACAUCAUGCCUAAUUUAGUCCCACCAGUGACAACUUUAAAGCAAGUUAUUGAAUAUAAGAAAGAGCUUGAAGCGUUAGCACCCAAGACUACAUUUUUAAUGUCUUUUUACUUAUGUAAAGAAAUCACCCCUGAACUAAUUGAUGAAGCAGCCAAAUUAGGAGCCAUUCAAGGAGUGAAAUGUUAUCCAGCAGGGGUGACUACCAACUCAUCCCAAGGGGUUGAUCCAAAUGAUUUCACCCCAUUCUAUCCAGUUUUCGAAGCAUUGGAAAGAAACAACCUAGUAUUAAAUUUACACGGAGAAAAACCGGGUAGUCACGAAGAAGAUAUUCAUAUUUUAAAUGCCGAACCGGAAUUUUUACCAGCUCUCGUUAAAUUAAGUAGAGAUUUCCCAAAUUUAAAAAUCAUCUUGGAACAUUGUACCACUGCCAAAGCCAUCGAAACCGUGGAUCUGAUUCAUCAAGAAAACCCUCAUAGUAAAGUGGCAGCUACCAUUACUGCACAUCAUCUUAGUUUAACAAUCGAUGAUUGGGCUGGUAAUCCAAUCAAUUUUUGUAAACCGGUUGCUAAGUUACCUAGUGAUAGAAGAGCUUUGAUCGAAGCUGCCACUUCAGGUAAGCCUUAUUUUUUCUUUGGUAGUGAUAGUGCUCCUCAUCCUUUACUGAGUAAAGCAAGACAUGUUGGUGUGUGUGCUGGGGUUUACACCCAAAGUUUUGCCUUGGCUUAUUUGGCGGAUGCUUUUGAAAAAGUCGGGGCCUUAGAUAAAUUGAAAGGUUUCGCCAGUGAUUUCGGCCGCAGUUUCUACAAUGUUAAAUCGGUUGUCUGUAACGAUGAAGUAGUUUUGGUUAAAAGGGAAGUUGUUGUGCCCGAGGCCUUUGGCAAUAACGAGUUGACCGUUGUCCCAUUCAAGGCCGGCAAGCUGUUGAACUGGACCGUUGAAUGGACUAAGUAA